AUGCCGACCCAUUCUCGGAAAUCGUCUGGAGGAGCCUUACAACAACAAUACCAGCAGCAGAACCAGCACCCGCCGCCGCAGCGUCAACCACAACCACAACAACACGACCCCUCCCGGCGCAACACGCUGACCGCGCACACGUCGCCCACCCCCAAGCCCACACGCCAGCGCACAAACACAAACCCCGAGCCCCCGAGCCUGCUACGUCUGCCCUCGACCACCUCGACCUCGUCCGCUGCCGCACGUCGGCCCCCGGCCUCCCAUAGUGCCCAUGGCAUAGACAAUUCGCGCGGCCCUCCCGUCACCCUAGUUACGCGCAGUCGGAGCUCGCAGAAUCCCGCCGAUCUCACCUAUGCGCACCAGCAGUUCUCUCCCACCGCACUGGCAUCGCACACUGGCCCGACCCCAUUGAGCAAGCGACGCGGGGAGGAAGAAACAGGCAACUGGAACGGUCCCCCGCAAAAACAACACCACCAGCAACCACAACAAACAAGCACCACGGCGUCCCCAAGCUUCCUGCGCCCGCCCGCCCCCAGACGCAAUUCCACCGCCAGCUCCCGGCCUCCGCCCCGACGAAUGGCCAGCUCCACCGAGUCGUCCGAAUACGAUUCUGGACCCCGCAGCCGGAUGGAGGACUACCAUGCGGCGCACAGCGGACGGGGAGCACCUGCGCCCGUGACUCCAGGCACAGAUGGCGAGAAGGAGGACCUGUUCCUAAAUAUUGCCGCGGAUAGUGCGCCCAAGCAGCAACAGCAGCAGCGCCCAGCAGAGACCACGGCGCGGAUUGACCGGUUGAAGUCUCGAGUCGCCCGAAUAAAUGAACGACAGUCGUACCCAUCAGCUCUACAGACACCUUCGCCGUCGCAGUCAAGCUCUGCCACGGCAACCUCUAGUCGUAUACCCUCUGUCGUAGACGCCAGGCCAGGCGGUCUCCGUCGGGGUUCGCUCCUGCCCACCCCGUCCCGCUAUGAGCGGUCCCAAAAUUCGCCAGCACCUGAAUCAGCACACCGGACGCCUCAACUAUCGCACAAGGCAUCUUUGAGUUCUGUACGGAGGGAUUCGGAUCUCUCACCACGCGACUUCCUGGCCCAGUUCUCCUCAACAAGGCGCGCAUCUCAGCCAGACGUCACACCCCCAAGUCGCACACCCCUCCAGCCAUAUAGGCCAUCGAAUCUCUCCCAUGAACCACGCACACCCCACAUAGAGACAUCAUUUGAAGCUGCUUCGCGCGCCGACGGUACCGAAUCGCAUGGCUCCACGGGACCUGCAGCGUCUGUAUGGGACGAGCUGGAUGAACUCAAGUCCCGGAUACGCAAGAUUGAAAUGGGAGGCAAGAUACCUUCAACGUCGGGCGCAAUCGUAUCUCAAGCAUCGGCAGAUCGCCCACGGACAGCGAAUACUUCAGCUACAACUGUAUCUUCAUCGCCAAACCAACAGCGAAAGGCGAACCUGUCUCCGUCUGACUCUACAGUUGGUGCUCUUACCCCUAACGGCAAUAAUAACAACAGUAACAACAAAACCCAUCCGCUGUUGAGGGAGGCGCUAGCCAAAGCCCGACAACACAUAUCACCAGCAGUGUAUCGCACGUUGGAAGCAACAGCACAGGAGGCAUUAGCACUCGCUGAAAUGAGCGGCAGUGCUGGCCCGCAGGGCACACUUCAUUCGGCAAGCACCAUCGCUAAUGGUGCAGUCGUGUCUGACCGCCAAGUUCGGCGCAAAGCUGACAACCUUUGCCGGAGUUUGACCGAGCUGUGUAUAGCUCUGUGUGACACCAAGACAGGCUUCGCCAGCCCUGCUUUUCGGUCAAGUACAGCCACACUUUCUCGUCGGCCAAGCGUCCAGUUCAACGGCGAGUCACCAACCAUACGAGAAAGUAUCGAACCCGAGAGCAACACAUUGUCUGGUGUUAGUCCCAGUAGAGCAAUGUCUCGCAUAGAGGCUCGAAGGAGCAGUAUGCUUGCCGUUGGAACUGGGGGUAAUCAACGAGAAAGCAGUCAAGAGCCCUACGACGACAGGCACCUCGCGUCACGACUCCAGCGAGCAGGCACAAGUCUUCAUCGUGCACGCAAGAGUGCCGAGGAAGAUGACGAUGACACAAUUCUAUUCCGCGCACCAUCUCGUGCAAUGACGUCGAUUGACUUCCGGUCGCGGCAGCAACAAAAUGAGAGCAACCGGUACAGCACCGGUCGGCAGAUUGGUUCUCGCGAGCCAAUGUCUGAUUUGCAGCCAUCGCCUGCUAUUCAGACGACAUCGCACCUUCGUCGGCCCAGUGUUUCGAGCAGUACACCGUCGCAUGAGCACAGUCUCUUGUUCCGUGACCAGAAUCGUUUCGGCCACAAUCUAGGCCGAGAAGGAUCUCCAGCCCAUUUCGAGAAGCCCUUGUCCGCCGGUCUACGAGCUAGAACGCAAUUGAGCGUCGCCCGAAACCCGAGCAAUCGACACUCAGUGGGUGGCAUAACGGAUCUCGGUCGCAAUGUCAGCCUUGGUAGAAGGCUGAGAGGAUCCAGCACUGGAGAGUAA